GCCGAAUUUCAAGUGAUUAAAAUUGUCAGGUUUCGGUAUGCGAGGGAGUCCCGUGCCGCAGGAUACGCUGUCAGAGGAGACCUCGGAUGGGAAGUCAAUUACGAAGAUCGAGGCCGCAUUGUGGUGGCAUCGAGGCAGUCUCUCUUGGCGUGCCAGCGAUCGAAAUUGCAUAGGCGGUCGACCGGAAAAUAGGGCCGCGCCCUCCAAUACGCGGUCUCCUGCCUCCCGAAUAAUUUAUCUCAAAACGCAUCACGCCGCAUCGUCUUUGUGGCAUUGUCGAGAAGCGAGAGAAGACGGAGAAAGAAGCAUUCGAAAAAGCAGACGGACGGAGGCGGAUAGUACAUCAUGCACCACGCGAGAACUUGGUGUGCCGAGAGGAUCGAUCGUCGGAAAGCGACCUGACCGCAAGCUAUUGACAGGAGGAUUAAUCUCAGCUCCGUAUUGCAGAUUGCGUGAUUGAUAAACGUUGAAAAUAGGUAGCAAACGACAGAUAAUCGACAGAAAUAUCGUGAGAUGAAAUCUUUGUAUCGCUUCACAACUCUAUUAAAUUCCUUAAUCGAAUCGAAUGUCACAAAAGGCUCAACACUAAAAUGAAUAUUAGCAAGAAAUGCGUUUCAGAAAUGCACUUGCAUCUUGUGUGACGCAAAAAAAGUAUAAAAUAUAUGUAAUAUGUGCA